UUUAGGGGAGGCGGUUUUAAUAUUACCUCCUCCGCUCAGUGAUUUUAAUCCUGUCCGGAGCGUAUGUGGGUCAUGUGACAGCCCUACCCUGUUAUACUGUAAUUACAGCAGCUACAGCCUGUUUUGCAGUGAACCGGCUAGUUUAUUUGACGUCCAUUUUAAAGUAGAUCUCUGAGUUCUUUUUACGCAGGAAGAGGUGCUUGUCCUACUUUACUUCAUCAGCACUCCAGGAUGGUUUACAUCAAGGAUGGACUUCUCAGACCUGUCAGUGUUUUCCGACACAUCGUUGUCUUACUACUCCUAAACCACUUACGUGGAGGUCAGUCUCAGGAGACAGGUCCACCUCAGCUCGUCGUGGCAAUGCUCGGGGAUGACAUCAUUUUACCAUGUCAACUGGAACCUCCGAUGAAUGCCGUUUCUAUGACGAUGGAGUGGGGAAGACGUGACCUGGAACCCAGAUUUGUCCUUGUAUGGCACGAUGGUCAGGAACUUCUGACUGACCAAAACAAGGCCUACAAGGGAAGAGCAUCAGUGUCCAUCAACAAUUUGACGCUCGGAGACUUUUCACUGACACUGUCCUCAGUUAAGAUCUCUGACAGCGGGACAUACAGAUGCUACUUCCCAAAACUGAAUAAAGAAUAUCUUGUUGAGCUUCUUGUUGGUGCUGCCUCCUCACCUGCUAUCAGUUUAGCAGGCAUCCAUAAGGCCACCAGCGGAGUGAUGUUAGACUGCAGGUCUGAAGGCUGGUAUCCAGAACCUGAGGUGCUGUGGCUGGACGGUGAGGGAAACCUCCUCUCUGCUGGACCUCCAGAGACAGUCAGAGGUCCUGAUGAUCUCUAUACUGUACAACACUGCUUCUGUUUCAACACAGAGAUCAAGAAGCAACUCAAGAAUAAAAACCAAGAGGCAGAUAAGACCAUAGAGCAGCAGGGUUUAAUGACAGCAAAAGUGAGCAGAGAGCAGCUCAUGGAAGAAAACAAGAAAAUAAAAGAGGAGUUACAGAAGAAAGAUAAAGACAUGACACAGGUUAUUGAUACAUUGACUGAACUGGGACAGGAACUGAAGAAGCAGAAAGAACAACUCCAUGACCAAAAGGAGAAGGCAGAGAAACAGGCGAAGGAGAAUGAAGAGAAGGUUAAUUCAGUGGAGAAAGAAGUAUCAGAGAAGGAGGGAGAUAAAAUAGCUAUCAAAGCUCAUGGAUACUUAAAACUCAAAGAGAUCAUAACAAAGAACAGCUGGAACCUGGAGGAGAGAAAGAAAGUACUUCAAAAACUGGAAAUGGACACAAUGAAGAGGACAUAUGACAUUAAUAAAAUUACGGAGAACCUAAAGGAAGGAAAUUAUACAAAACCACAUGGAGCAAAUAAAGAAACAACUGGACAAGACAGAGGGUAUUCAGAGGAAACUUGA